AUGCCACGUAAGCUACGUAAGAAUAUACGUAAGAGGAAGGGAGCAUUGAAACAUCCAAUAGUAAAACUGACACCACAACAACAGUUGCAACAACAAAUGAUGAAUGACCCCACUAUGUUGCAACAAAUGUCAAGCAACCCUAUGCUUUUAAACCGAGUUAUUGGUGCACAGAGUGGAGGUUUAAGAGCGGCACUUUUAGCGAAAAUGGCAGGCUAUGGUGGAGCUGCAGACGGAACAGCUUAUAACCCUCAAAGUCAAAUGAAUUUGAGUUCACUCAAAAAUCAAAUAACAGAUGUCAAAAAGUCAAACAUAGACAUACAGAAACAAAUAAAUGAAAACGAAAAGAAACUAG